GUACCAGGGUUUACGUUAAACUAGACCCGGGGUUCCAGGGCCGUGUCAGUGGUUUAUGUGGUAACUUCGAUGGAGACACAGAGAACGACUUCAUGAGUCGGCAAGGAAUUAUCGAGCCCACCUCUGACCUGUUUGGAAACAGCUGGCGAAUGAGCUUGAUGUGUCCUGAAGUCCACAGCGAUGAUUUUCAGCAUCCUUGCACAGUAAGACCGUUUCACGCUAUUACGGCCUUCUCUUUCAUUGGGCAAACUAGACAGGUGCCUACAAGUCAUAAUAAUGCCAGGCCCCUACAUGUGCCCAUUGUGACUUUAUCAAGUCAUAAUAAUUCCAGGCCCUUACAUGUGCCCACUGUGACUUUAUCAAGUCAUAAUAAUGCCAGGCCCCUACAUGUGCCCACUGUGACUUUAUCAAGUCAUAAUAAUGCCAGGCCCCUACAUGUGCCCACUGUGACUUUAUCAAGUCAUAAUAAUGCCAGGCCCUUACAUGUGCCCACUGUGACUUUAUCAAGUCAUAAUAAUGCCAGGCCCCUACAUGUGCCCACUGUACCCACCGGUGUGACUUUAUCAUCACUCCUACGAAGAUGGGAAAAAGAGAGAAAGGAAGGGAGAUUGCAAGCUCUUCAGGACAGCUCGAGAAAGCUUUCCUUUCAUUACAAUCACUGUUUGCUUAUUUCAGGAGAACAGUCACCGUGUUACCUGGGCCAGGAAGCGUUGCGGAAUUCUCAUGCAUGAGCUGUUUUUGCCCUGUCACCAGGAGGUGCCCUGUCAGCAGUAUUAUGACUGGUGUGUCUACGAUGCUUGUGGGUAAGUGACAAAGUGCUGCCUUGUAGAAAGAGAGGACAAUCCAUGUCUCGGUCAUUCUCCUCUAAUUCUACUUUCAUGAUCAGCUUCGGGGGAAUGUUAUCAGACCAGUCACUUUUUGUUUAAUAAAGCCUUUCAGUGACCCAAUUAAUCACCCAUUGAAGUGUUCUGGUUGCAUUGGUCCAUUGCUAUUUAAUAAAGACAGCAAUUUUUCCACUGAAGAAUUAAAUCCACCUCUAGUGCCUACUUACUUGCAGCCAACUUCUGCUGACAGCACUGAGUUAAAAUCUGUUUGCUUGGAGGAAUGCAGUGCUGGCUGCACAUGUGCUUUUUGUCCCUAAUGCUCCGUUGGAUUAGAUCCAUUAAUCCUGUAUAAUAAUCCCAGAAUUGUUGAUGUUAUGUGUUGGUGAAAAAGGAAAAUGUCUGAUUUCCCUGAUAUUACCUAUCCUUACUAAUAUCCGUUUUUAUGCUUUGAAUUUUAUACUAUUGUAAUAAUCUUUGUGGAGACAUUACUAGGUGUCCGCUCUCUCCUUAUACAUAGUUGUGAUUCUGGAGGGGACUGUGAGUGUCUGUGUACAGCCAUUGCAACCUACGCUGAGGAGUGUAACCGUCACGGCGUGUAUAUACGCUGGAGGACACAAGACUUGUGUCGUAAGUAUCUGGGAGAAAUGAAUGAUUACAGGAUGAAGCCAUUUUAAAGAUUUCUGAAAAUGAUGUCUUAGUAAUUUGUUGGUGUUUUUUUUAUUAUAAUAUAAUAUUUUAUAUCUGCUCUCCCUCUUGGCCAGCCAUGCAGUGCGAUAAUGGGCUCAUUUAUGAAGCCUGCGGUCCUGCGUGUCCUCGGACCUGCAAGAACCCGGCCCUGGAUCCUGGGGAGCUCUGUGCGUUCCGCUCCUGUGUUGAAGGAUGUUUCUGUCCAGAGGGUAAAGUACUUCACG